AGCCCUCAGAACAGAAAGCUACAGUUUCCGUCCACAAUAACCACCCCCUUCGCUUUCCUCCGAAACCAUUUCACCUGCACCCAAAUUGCCGACGAUGCUCCUCCUACCAUAGUCCAUACCUACCGCAGUCACACAACCCCCACCUCCCCCUCUGAGCCGUUCAUCUGCUUUUGAGUUAGCCCAGAAAUGGCAGGUGCAAAGGAGCCAAGCUCUGGUGAUGGUAGUAACAUAAAGGGAGUGCUGACUUAUGGAGGAAGAUACGUUCAGUACAAUGUGUAUGGAAACUUGUUCGAGGUGUCCAGCAAAUACGUGCCUCCAAUUCGUCCAAUCGGUAGAGGUGCUUAUGGCAUUGUUUGUGCUGCUGUUAAUUCGGAGACACGAGAGGAGGUUGCUAUCAAGAAGAUUGGAAAUGCGUUUGACAAUAGAAUAGAUGCCAAAAGGACAUUGAGAGAAAUUAAGCUUCUUUGUCACAUGGACCAUGAAAAUGUUAUUUCCAUCAAGGACAUUAUUCGACCACCAAAAAAGGAGGCCUUCAAUGAUGUGUACAUUGUAUAUGAACUGAUGGACACUGAUCUUCACCAGAUAAUUCGUUCUGACCAACUAUUAACUGAUGAUCAUUGUCAGUACUUCUUAUAUCAGCUAUUGCGAGGUCUAAAAUAUGUGCACUCUGCAAAUGUAUUGCAUCGUGACCUUAAGCCCAGCAAUUUGCUUCUGAAUGCAAACUGUGACCUUAAGAUUGGAGAUUUUGGUUUGGCAAGGACAACAUCUGAAACAGAUUUCAUGACUGAGUAUGUUGUCACUCGUUGGUACCGAGCACCAGAGCUGCUCCUUAACUGUUCCGAGUAUACUGCUGCAAUUGACAUUUGGUCUGUUGGCUGCAUACUUGGUGAAAUUAUAACCAGAGAGCCUCUGUUCCCUGGGAAAGAUUAUGUUCAGCAGCUGAGGCUCAUCACUGAGUUGAUAGGUUCACCUGAUGAUGCUAGCCUUGGAUUUCUCCGAAGUGAUAAUGCCCGAAGAUAUGUCAGGCAACUGCCACAAUGUCCGAAGCAGAAAUUUUCAGCUAGAUUUCCAAACAUGUCUCCUGGAGCUGUUGAUUUGCUAGAGAAAAUGCUUGUUUUUGAUCCCAAUAAACGGAUUACAGUUGAUGAGGCACUUUGUCAUCCAUACUUGUCAUCUCUUCACGAUAUCAAUGACGAGCCUGUCUGCCCCAGACCUUUCAAUUUUGAUUUUGAGCAGUCAUCAUGUACUGAAGAGCAAAUCAAAGUGCUUAUAUGGAGGGAAUCAGUGCAUUUCAAUCCAGGCUCAAUCAAUUAGGAGAAUCUUUUUCUUCAUCAUGUAAAAUUUAUGGGAAUAACUUCUUUCCCCUGAAUCCUCAUACAUUACUACAGUGCUACUGUUCAUCACCAUCGGUUGGGAGUUGAUUGCAAUUAGGAAUAGCAUUUGAGUUUGCUUGCUUGUACAAGGAGCUUAAUGCAUUGCUCCACUCAGAUUUUCACACAUGUGCAAUAGGACCUACUGUAGACUCUUUUGCCUACCACUCAUCUUUCCCGUUAAUACUUGGCGGUUCUUGAGCUCAAUGCAAAUACUUUGAUGUCAAAAUGGCCAUGACCCUGAUCAUUUUUUCCUCUACUUAGCUGCUGAGAUUUGGAAUGUUGGUGAGACUAAAUUAAUCAUUUCCUU